GAAUGGAUACUAAACGACGCCGAAAAGGAGAUCCGGAAGAUUAAGAUCGAAGAGAAUCGUAAGUCGAAAGACUUGAAAAUAACAAUCGGUGACAAUAAUAGGUCGAAACCGAUGGACACAUCGCCCGUACAGUCGCCCAUACGGUCACCGAUAGGUAUGGCAGCAAAUGAUUGCCAAUCGGAAGUCUAUAACAGCGACAAUAAUAGCAAUAAUGCCACAAAUGUACUUGAGGAGUAUAAGUGUCCGUUUGAUGACAAAUGCAAAGUAGACAUCAAGACGAGAAAGUUUUGCCGCAGGUGUCGGCUCCGGAAGUGCUAUGCCGUCGGAAUGAAACAAGAAUGGAUACUGAAUGAGGAGGAAAAGGAGAUCCGGAGGCAUAAGAUUGAGGAGAACCGUAGGUGUCGUCAAGUAAAUGAUGGCAAUAGUAAUCACAGCAAUACUAGCAAUACUUCGGGUUAUAAUCCACCGCCAAAUCCUCCGUUCCCACCGACGGCUGUGAAGGUGUCGGUCAUCAAAGGGACGGCCAAUAAGUGUCCCUUUGAUAACAAAUACCGGGAGAGCGCGCGCACCGUUCAAAUGGCAAUGCACCAGGCGUUUGAAAGUAGCCAGGUGUUUUCUAAUACACCCCUACUGGAUAUGGAGGACGAGAAUAGCGGCGAUAUGUCGGUGCCAUUGCCAGAACCGCCGGAACCACUGCCUGAGCCGCCGCUGGUCAUGGCCUACAAGGGUGUGUCCAGUGUCGAGCCCAUCGGUCGGGUGCAGACACUGGUGCACGCGUGCGAGUGCACAGCCACGAGCGCCGGCUGUACGUACCCGUCGUGCGAACUCAUGAAAAAAGUGAUGACACAUUGGUUGGACUGCGAGCACAGGGCCACACUGUGCCGGCCCAAGUCGCCCGACGAGCCCCGCUGUCCACCGUGCGAACAGUUGAUGGAGUUGUGCACAUAUCACGCCCGCCAUUGUCACCGCCGGGUCGGCGACUGUACGGUUCCGCACUGUCUGGACAUUAGACGCGCCCUCCGGGAGGGCCAGCAGCGGGUCUUAACGCAACAGAUCCGGCAAAAGAGAUGGCGCGAAGACAUCGUGAGCCGUUUGUCCGAACAUUUAGCACAAGUGCAGUCAACCCGUGGUGAUUCACAUGCGGGUAGUGUUGGCGGUGGUAGUGAUGGGUCCGUAUUAUAUAACAUGUCGGACCUGUAGUGCGAUCGCUAUUUUGUAAGUAUUUUCUUAAUGAACGGACAAAUGAAUUAUUUAUAAUUAUUUAUAAUUAUUUAAUUAAUUUUUGAACCUUUAUAUUUUGUUC